CACUGGUAAUUAUGUUUCUUAGAGCCUCUAUUUAUAUACAUUGACUAGUGUUUUUGUAAAUAACUACAAUUAAGAAGACACACAAAAUCAAACGGCAAAAAUGUCCGAUAUAUUUGAAAAGCAGAUAAUGGAUAAAGAUAAGGACACUAGAAAUGAAGAGAAUCCCAACGAGGAGAGUCCCAGCGACGAGAAUCACAGUAAGGAGUAUCCCACUGAGGAGCCUGCCACUAAGAAGCCUCCAAGUGAGAAGUCUUCUCAUGAGGAUAUGGCGAAAAGUAACUGGGAGGAAAGAAUUAUAAGCAAUAGCAAACCCUUCCAAGUGCCAGAGGACACGGAAGGCAAUGAACUUUAUGACCAGCAUCGGAUGCAAUUGCCUACGGGAAAACCUUUUCCACUGGAAAACCCUUUCGAUCUGCGAGUGGGAAACUUUGAAAAUAUUCUAGAUGAAUUAAACGCGAACAAAAGGGAAAUAUGUUAUCCGAAAAUACCACUGGAAGAACUGGCCAAGAAAGUGGAUCCAGAUGAAACCAUUGCUCAUACGUUGGAUAAGCGUUGGUUUAAAUUCACAGGUCCGCCACGUAAAGUGGUCGGCGAGGUAUUGCUGGCAGUGUUCCAGAAAAACCUAAGGCCUGGUUUGAUUGUCGUGGUCGAGGAGAAUCAUUUCCGUUGCCACGCGAUGGUGCUACAAGUGCUCUCGAACUUUUUCCAGCAACCGGAAUUGGCACUGUCGCAUCUCUUUCAGCUGCCCAGUCCGAUGGUCACCGCCCCGGCAUUUGUGGCCAUGUAUCGUUGGGGCCUGGAGCCGGCGGAAAGAGUGCCCGCCCCUCUUCUGAUGCAGGUUUUACGGGCUGCGGUGUUCUUCGAUUGCCAGGAACUCGUUGAUAACUGCUGGGUGGGAAUCAAUGAGGGUACUCGUUUCCCGGACCGGACAUUGUGCAUUUAUCUUCACGGCAAUUUGAUGGGUAUGCGCCUGGAGGAAUGCCUGCUAGAGCGAUUGAGCUGUAUCUUUCUGCAGUUCGCCGCCAGCAAGGAGUAUUUGGAUCUGGGAGCUGACACGGUACAGAGAUUACUGGGACUAUCUUCGCUGGCUGUGAACUCGGAAAUGGAGGUUUUUCUAGCCGCAGUUCUUUGGCUGAAUCACAAGUGGCCGCAGCGCAUCAAAUUUUCCUACAUUAUGAUGGAUGAAAUUCGCUUCGACUGGUUGCCUUUUGCAUUUUUACUAUGUAUGCGUAAGAAACUGGAAAGCGGUCCGCCAGUUCUAAAAAUGUUGUCCCGUGCUCAAUAUAUCCGCAAGAAGGUUUAUAGCGCCCUAAAAGUCAUGUAAGUCAGGAGGUACUAAGUUGAUUGUCAA